AUGGAGCAAGCAAUCCGGCUUCUCGACGACCAGAGCACCCGGAGCGAAACCAUUGGACGUGGUGGUGGUGACGACGAGGAGGCCUUAACCAUCCAGGCCCUCCAGACGCGGCGGUCAAGAUGGCGCACUACGGGCUCGAAAACGCUCAGCGUGCUCCGACACCUCCUACCGAGCUAUCUACAUGCUCAACAGCGGGCGGUGGGUGAGCUUCAUCCCACGGCAUAUCUCGACGCACUACGAGGGUAUGCGUCGGUGAUGGUCUUCAUCUAUCAUACCUUUGGGCUUCCCAACAUCUGGUGGCUGCGGCUGCCCAUCAUCCGGGUCGUGUUCGACAGCGGAGCCGGCAUGGUGGCCAUCUUCUUCGUCAUCUCGGGCUACGUGCUAAGCUACCGUAUGCUCAAGAUGAUCCGCACCCGACAAGCGGCGCGGCUGCACGACUCGCUAGCGUCGUCAAUAUUCCGCCGCUUCAUCCGACUGUACGGGUCGACGGGCGUCGCCACCUUUAUCGCUGCCAUCAUGGUGACGCUGCGCUGGUACAUUCCGUACGGGAUGACGCCGCGCGACACAUUCUUCGCCCAGAUGUGGGACUGGUUCCUGGACUUUGCCGCCAGCAGCAACCCGUUCGCCAACAUCGACGGUUGGAUACACGAAGGCGUGUUCCACACCCAUUACCUCGACCAGAUGUGGACCAUCCCCAUCGAAUACCGCGGCAGCAUCGUGUUGUUUGUCUUCAGCACCGCGUCCAGCAAGCUGUCGACGACGGCCCGCUGGGUCUUCCUCUGGAUCGUCGUGCUGCUGUCUUAUUACUGGCGGGCCGUCUACGUGGCCGAGUUCCUGUUGGGCAUGUUCGUCGCCGACCUGUCGCUGUCUCGCCACCCGGAGCGACUGGGCCCUCCUCCCUCUCUUCUCCCUCGACUAGUGCCCUUGCCCGUGCCUGGAUUCGUGCCCGUACCCUCGACGGAAAGCGAAGCUGCAGCUGCUACCGAAGGCGACAUUGAAACUGAACCUGAAACUGAGAGCCAGAUCGAUGAGAAAUCCCAGACACUGCUCGCUGUCCGCUGGCGACGCAGUCCUGCUGCCACCGCCGCCGCCGCCAUCGCCUCGCGCGUCGGAUGGGUCAUGCUGCUCCUGCUCUCCUUGGUCCUGCUCGGCCAGCCCGACCGCCAACACACCCCGGACCUGGGCGCCACCAAUGGCGAUUUUCCCUGGCCCUACCUCAUCCGGCUGAUUCCGUCCUAUUACGGCGAUGCCGCCUAUACCUUCUGGCUGGGGAUCGGCGCCUUCCUGCUGGUGCUGUCUCUCGACUCGUGCCGUAUGCUCCAGCUACCCUUUGAGUGGCGGUUUUCCCAGUAUCUCGGCGACCUGUCCUUCGGCAUCUACGCCAUGCACUGGCCGAUUUAUUACGGUUUCUACCGCACCGUCGUCGAGCCGUGGCGCGUCGUCCAUCUCGGCAACUCGCAUCUCGCCCGCAUCCCCGGCGCCCUGCUCGAUGCCAUCCUCGUCCUCUGGGCUGCAGACUACUUCACCCGCCUGGACAGAUUGGUGGUACGGUCGGCCAGGUGGUUGCAAAACAAGACUUUUUUGAAGUGGGAAUGA